AUGGGCGCUGACCCUUUGCCGCCUCCUGCUCCUGUUGCCGCUUUCUGUCCCACUAGUCAUAUCGCCACUUCAUUCACUGCUCCUGUAUUAUCGAGCCAGGUUGGCCUAGCUCACCCUAGUGGUCUUUUUCAUAUUUGCUCUAUCCAGCCACAAGACCAACCGGGCUCAAUGGGUACCGUUUUUUCUUCCGGACCAGUGAGUCCUUCUAGUUCCCUCGUUAAAAUACCGGUAUCACAACCAUCAUCUUCAAUUCUAAAUACAACAACCCUGCAAUGUCAACCUCCAUCCUCGUCCCAUCUGGUAUCAUUGCGCCAUCGAAGCGUCGUGUCACAUUCGUCGCUUUCAGCUUCGGCACCUCCUAUUGGAACUUUAGAAGUGACUGGGUUGGGGACGGAUGAGACAUUGGUCGCCCAAUCUUUGGGCACCUCUUCUGCUUUUCAGUCAAGGUAA